AUGGCUGCUCCAGAGUCUCUGCGGCUCCUCGACUUAUGUGCGGAAUACAGCGUAGACUGCUAUCUCAAGGGCAUGUCUGCACGUCUUCCUGUCGACGCUCUCCCAACACCAGUCGUGCCAGAUGACAUACCCUCGGCGUUCUCCGGGGAGUUGCGUGUCGUGGCACAAAGGAUCAUUGAGGCUGCGAGCAACCGAGUUCGCGUGCAUUGGAGCGCUAAGACUUAUUCCGCCGGUCUUGGAACACAGUCGGGGGGGGACGACGAGUUUGAGGACACGUUGCGCGCGCGAUUCCCCCCUCUAGACAUGCCAACGCCGCUCGAUUCCCCCUUCACUGUUGUCGAUGUAGAUGACGACGUGGUUCUGUGGAGCCUUCCUGACAUGCUGCUCCCAGAGCGCCAGGCGGCGAUUGCGACCUCUAUGGGCUUGGCCGCCGACUCCAUCGCAGCUCAUCCCCCGGGGCCAGACAACCCUGGCUCGAAAUCCCGCUGGAGAAAUUCAAAUUACCUUUAUGCGCAGAACAGCAAUCUUUCGUUUGGGCGGGGAAUGAUGACUCUAUCACCGGGAUGGCUGGCUCAAGGUAACCAGGGUCUUAACAGCACACUACACGUGUCGAGCGAUCUAGGAGCGCCGCCUGGGCGGCAAGAUAAUGCCGCGCAGGCAAGUGCUCAGACGUGGGUCGCGGCAAACAUGGAAACAGGAAUUCUUCUCUCUGUAGCGCUUGCGAUUACCCACCCAGCACAGUACCGUGAGACACGCAAGGCGCUUGGAUACCUGGCGACGCUGCCCGACUUCGCCAGACACAUGGAAACUUGGACCUUCGCUUUCAACGUGGUGACUUUGAUCUGUAACAGGCGGACCCCUGCCCACAGAGACAGAGCAAGCGGGGGAAGAGAUUUCUACGACCUCCUCUUGACCCUUGGAGGUGGCCCGCGUACAAUGCUCACAUUGCCGGGGCUUGGAAUACGCAUUCGGUAUGACUCUGGUACUGUGGCACUCUUCUCUGGACAUGAUCACCUCCAUGAGGUCUCCAGUUUCCUCGAAGAGCGAGUCUGCAUUGCAUGUUACGCCCGGCCCGCAGCCAUUACGUGGUUGAAUGCCAAUCAUCCGCCACCGCCGGCUGGUCGCUUGACAUUGCCAGAAGGCUGGUGGGAUCUACUCUGCAGGGGCGAUGAGGAUAAUGAGUAG